UAUACCCUUUUAUAAGCCCAUCACCUUUCUCAUUUUCCCCCCCAAUCCACUUCCACUAUACUACUCUUCCUCAUUCUAUACAACAAAAUCCAUUCUUUAACUUAAACCAAGAAAACCAAUUCUUGAAAUUUUCCUUUCAAGAACUCAAGAAAAACCAUUCUUGAACUCAAAUCAAGAAAACCAAUUCUUGAACUUCUAAAUCAAGAAACAAACCAUCAUUUCAAGAACUCAAGAGAAUCAUUCUUGAACUUAAAUCAAGAAAACCAAUUCUUGAACUUCUUAAUCAAGAAAACAAAUUAUUUUACAUUUCCUAUCAAGAACUUGGAAAAAAUCAUUGAUGGGUACUUUGGUGGGACAUGUAGCACCAGGGUUUGCUUUCUUUUUUCUUGGUAUUUGGCAUCUUUUUAAUCACAUAAAGCUCCAUGCUCAAAACCCAAAAUUUUACACUUCACUUCCAUGGUUUCCCACUCAAAAAAUAAGGUACAUAGAGCUUCUCUUCAUCAUGUUAGGAAGCUCUCUCUCCGUUUCCAUGGAGCUUUUCAUCGGACCUAAAAGCCACCAACCUUUCGAUCUUGAUGGCACUAUUCCAUCCAAUCAUCUUCACAACUUUGAACACUCUUCCAUUUCAAUGACUUUCUUUGUAUAUGCAGCCUUUGCUAUCAUCAUUGACAAACUUAAUCCCAAACCUAAACAUGGUCUCACCCAAUUACUUGGAGCCUUAGCUUUUGGCCAACAACUUUUUCUUUUCAAUCUCCAUUCAGCUGAUCACAUGGGUAUUGAAGGUCAAUACCAUUUGCUUCUCCAAAUUGUUAUUCUUGUUUCUUUAGCCACUACUCUUUUGGGUAUCGAGUAUCCCAAGAGUUUCUUGGUCAGCUUUGUAAGGUCAACAAGUAUUAUGUUCCAAGGUAUUUGGCUUAUAACUAUGGGGUAUGCUCUUUGGACCCCAUCUUUAGUGCCUAAAGGUUGUUUCAUACAUUUAGAAGAUGGUCAUCAAGUGGUUAGGUGUUCAGGAGACGAGGCCUUACAUAGGGCUAAAUCAUUAGUCAAUAUUCAAUUCAGUUGGUUCUUGAUUGGUGUCACCAUUUUUGUUAUGUGCUUCUAUUUGGCACUUGACAAAUUUUAUGGAGAAAAUAAAGUUGAGUACACUUCUUUAUUAAAAGAGGAAGGUGGCAAAUUUCUUGAAGAAGACUCAUUGGAUAUUGAUGUUGAAUCACAAACAAAUAAUAUUAUUCAUCCCAAAGUUGGCAAUCACUCAAGCAGUUUUAUGCAUAUAGGAAGAAAUUUUGCCCCAAUUGACAUAGAGAGGUAAAAAUAAAGGGGGAAAAUCAAACUAGUUUGAAAAUAAAAGUCAUUAGCUAGGUAAAUAUGUAUGUGUAUAAAAAUUAUUUGGGUUGGUGGGGAUCUCACUUUUUUGUUUAAUUAAGCCCUCAAUAAUGUUUGCUUAAUGGAAAACAAGGACUUGGGUUGGGUUUGUAUUAAUGGUUCAUUGGUCUUGAGCUUAGGUUGAGAGAGUUGUUUUUAUUUUUUUUUUCUUUUUUCUUUUGAUUCUAUUAUUUUAUUGGGUAUGUUCAGUGUGCCCUUGUGUACAAAAGAAAAAGAAACAAACAAUAAAAGAUUUGUGUAAGCAAGAUGUUAUUAA